UCUGUACUAAUAAAUGUUAGUGUACUGGUAAAUGGUAUUUGUUCGCGCUCUGCGGUGUUUCGUUUCCCUGUACCUCACGCCCGCCGCCAGUGCGCGCGAAAAAUUGCGCGGGGUUUGGCUCAUUACUCGUGGUAUCGGAACCAAACAUGCACGCUUUUUUGAAAACAGCCAACCCAAACUUAAUCCUUCCCAAGGAGAAAACUAAGGAGCCGAAACCGGCACCGAAGAAACCAGUGCACAUCCCAUGGGUGGAAAAAUACCGGCCCAAAACUGUAGACGAUGUUGCCCACCAAGAUGAAGUGGUCUCCGUCCUAAAAAAGUCACUUCAAGGAGCCGAUCUCCCAAAUCUUCUGUUCUACGGGCCUCCAGGAACAGGGAAGACGUCUACUAUACUUGCCCUGGCCAGAGAACUCUUUGGAGACAUGUACAAAAGCCGCAUUUUGGAACUAAAUGCUUCUGACGAACGUGGCAUCCAGGUUGUCCGUGAGAAAAUCAAAACCUUUUCACAGCUUACAGCAAGUGCCACAGCUCCCGAUGGGAAACCAUGUCCACCAUUCAAGAUUAUAAUUCUAGAUGAAGCAGAUUCCAUGACAGCAAGUGCUCAGGCAGCCUUGCGUCGUACCAUGGAAAAGGAAACCAAGACAACUCGUUUUUGCCUCAUCUGUAACUACAUAAGCAGAAUCAUAGAUCCACUGACGUCUCGUUGCUCAAAGUUUCGAUUCAAGCCUUUGCCUAAGGAAGUUCUAAUAGAACGCCUUCGCAGCAUAUGCACAGCUGAAGGGGUUCAAUGCGAUGAUCAGGUACUGGAUUUUCUUAUGGAUGCUUGUGAAGGAGACAUGCGAAGAGCAAUCACCCUUUUCCAAAGUGUUUCUCGGCUUAAAUGUGAUGAGCCUGUAACGUCCCAUGAUGUGGCUGAAGUUGCUGGGAUUAUUCCAAAGCAGUGCAUCGAUGGCCUGCUUACCUGUUGUGCAUCGAAUUCAUAUGAGAAGCUCAGCACAACAGUUGAGGGCCUCGUGCUUGAAGGUUUUGCAGCGUCGCAACUUUUCAGCCAGCUGCACGAUGCUAUUGUGUUGAACAACAAAUACAAUGACAAACAAAAGUCAGCAAUGGCCGAGAAACUUGCCAUAUGCGACCACAGACUGCUUGAAGGUGCUGACGAGUACCUCCAAAUAAUGGACCUGUGUGUCACAAUCAUGAACCAAAUUUGCAGUGUCCAGCAUUAGUUAUUCA